UAUUUAUUAACCACACACACACACACACACACACACACACACACACAAUCAAUACACAUUUAAAAGUCACCACUUUGUGUUUUCUUUAAGACUAUAUUUCCUGUUUAAGACCUUGACAUAACAAGUUCUUAAACUCUAGCUGCACUUGCAUCCGUCUUCAAAUCGUGACAUCGUCUCAAGGAGUUUUUCCUCACCACCAGCAUCUCUGGCUUGCUCAUGGUCUGAAGAUGGUGCUCUUCAGUGCACUGUUCUCUAAACUGUUGCUGCUGCACAUUGGGCUGCAUCUGACUGCUGGAGACAUGGAAGGUCCAUCAUGUCCAGUAUGUCCACCAGGACCACAAGGUCCACCAGGUCCACAAGGACCACCAGGUAUAUCAGGUCGACCAGGUCCAGCAGGACCACCAGGUUUUCCAGGACUAUCAGGUCACCCGGGUGCACCAGAUGUGAGAGGACCACCAGGUCUACAAGGACCACCAGGUCAAAAUGACUGUCUGCAGGAGGAAAUCAGGAAUCUUAGAACAAGACUGUCCUUGUUGGAGAAAGCCACAAGUUUCCAGACAUUCAUUAAUGUUGGGCAGAAAUACUAUGUGACCGAAGGACAUGCAAAGAACUUCGAGGAUGGCUUGGGAUUGUGCCAGAAUUCUGGAGGAACUCUUGCCUUACCCAGGAAUGAGGAAGAAAACCAAGGGCUGUCUAAACUACUCGCGAUUGUGAAAUCAGAAUAUCUGUUUCUAGGAACGAGUGACCGUAAAAUGGAAAGUGUCUUCGUAGAUACAGAGGGGAAAACUUUAAAUUUCUUUAAAUGGGAUAAAGGGGAACCAAACAAUUCUGGAGGGGAAGAAGACUGUGUUGUAAUGGGCACCGGUGGAGUCUGGAUUGACAUACCAUGUGAAAACCAAAAGCUCAUAGUUUGUGAGCUAACUUAGUCACAUGCUAUUGCAAAUACUGCAUCUGAAAGACCAAAACCACAUUUAAGAAGUCUAGUUAAAAGGAAUUGUAAUUGUUAUGAUAAUGCUAGUAUGAUAAUGUGAUAAUGCUGUUAAUGCUGUGUUUAUGACUCAGGGUCUGAUUUACUGACCUUUUUUGAAGCAAUAUUAAAAAUCUUUAAAAAUU